AUGGCCACGUCUCGCGGCGGCAAACAGCGGCAGCCGCUCCUCCACUCUCCCACGCCCACAGCCGCCAACGGUGGCGGCGCAGCCGGGAGGCGCAGGUUCCUCUCGUUCCUCACCGUCACGGCAGCUCUUGUCGCGUCCUACCACCUCCUCGUGCCAACCAAUUCGUCGCACUACCACGCGCUAUUCCUCACCCUCGGUUCCAACGCCACCGCGGCCGCCCACCUCCGCGCACUCACCGUCCGCCCCCACGUCGCUGGCACCGAGGCCAACGCGGCCGCCACCCGCUACGUGCUCCACGCGUUGUCCUCCCUCUCCUUCCCAGCACAUAUCAGCCCUCAGACCGUCUCUAACAACAAACAUAUACGAGCGUCUAAAUCUAAAAUAGGUAGGAAGAAUCAGUCUCUAACAUAGAGUAUUUAUAUGGAAGACCCAUUUUGAGUCGAUCUAUUUUGAGUUGUUUUAGAGGCACGAUCUAAAUAUGGACAUCAUCUCUCUUGAAAAAACCUAUUUACAAAAAAAGAUUUUCUUUUUUAUUUUGUUGUUGAAAAAAAUAGGUAUCGAAUCUUUCGCCAAAGUACGAACCAGUCUAGGAUUUUGUACCGCUCCCUCUCCCUCGCCGCGGCGCCCGGCCUUGCCGCCAGGCCGUUCUCCUUGGUGCAAGAGACCUACGAAGGCGACCCGUACGCCGAGGCCGCGGCGGAGGUCCUCCCGACGUACUUCGCCUACUCGGGAUCCGGCUCCGUCACCGCCGAGGUCGUCUACGCCAACUACGGCCACAACGAGGAUUAUGCCUACCUCGCCUCCCGCGGGGUCGACGUCGCGGGCAAGGUCGCGCUCGUGCGGUACGGUGACAUCCACUGCGAGGACAUGGUGCGGAACGCGCGCGCCGCUAUCGUGUACACCGAUGCCAAGGACUUCGGCGGGAGCGCGGCGAAGGGGGAGAAGCGCAAGUGGUUCCCCGACGCGCGGUGGCUGCCGCCGACAGGCGUGCAGGUCGGGACCCUGUACUACGGGAACGGCGACCCGACCACGCCGCUGUGGCCGUCGUGCGCGGCUGGGGACGACUGCGAGCGGCUGAGCAUGGAGGAGCUGGACGGAAGCGAGGCGAUGCCGGGCAUCCCGGCGCUGCCGGUGUCGGCCAGGGACGGGGAGACGAUCCUCAAGGCGAUGGGCGGCGACGUGGCUCCGCCGAAGUGGCUCGGCCCCGGCCCGGCCGUGUUGAAUCUCACCUACAUUGCAACCAUCGUGAUGCUUGGACGUUUGGAGCAAUUGAUCCUAACAGUGGAACGGCAGCCAUGCUUGAGAUUAACAGUGUCUCAGAUAGGAUCUACUGAAUGGGCCGAGGAGAACAUGGACACUCUAGCUUCGAGAGCUAUAGCUUACCUGAACGUGGACAUAUCAGUGUUUGGUCCUGGGGGUCUUAGACCCCGUGCAACCCCACAACUUGAUGAAUUGAUCAGGGAAGCAAGUAAAAUGGUACCAGAUCCCGAUGAACCAUCUCAAACCUUGUAUGACACCAUGAUGCGAUAUCAUCCACCGAUCACUAGAGUGGCUGGUGCUGGAACAGAUUUUGCAGCAUUUGUCCAGCAUAUAGGGGUCCCGUCACUCGACAUGUCUUAUGGACUGUUUGAAGAAUACCCUGUUUACCACUCGCUGUACGAUAAUUAUGUUUGGGUGGAGAGGUUUGGAGACCCCUUGUUCCACAGGCAUGUUGCAGUGGCCAGCGUUUGGGGUUUGAUUGCACUGAAACUUGCUGGCGACGAGAUCAUACCCUUCAAUUACGUCUCUUAUGCGUCCGAGCUGGAGGAGUGCACAAAAGAUAUCGUAGAUAAAUAUAAAGGAUUUCCUGUCAGUUUCUCUCCUUUGCAGAAGUCCAUCAAGCAGCUCGAGAGUGCUGCCACCAAAAUUUACAAAGAGAAGAAAUUGCUGCAAGCAGAAAACUGGAGCCUAAAGACAAGGCAGUACACACUGAAAGUCAGGGAGAUGAACGACCGGUUGAUGAUGGCCGAACGAGCGUUCACCAACCGAGAAGGACUCACCGGGAGGCCAUGGUACAAGCAUAUGUUAUAUGCAUCAUCGGAUCAAGACGACUGGGGGACCAAAACCUUCCCUGGUAUCGUCUCGGCCAUGGACAAGGCUAAGAAGUCCAACACAACUGAGACAUGGCGAUCACUGCAGCAUGAGAUUUACAGGGUUGCAAGGGCUGUCCAAGGCUUCUGCAGUCCUGGAUGGUAA